GUUUAAUGCAAUAAAACAGUUUUCUAUUUGGUUUAUAAACGUUGACUAAAUUUAACACAAUGAAUUCAUUAAUUGUAAUUAUUGCAGUCUUUCUUGGACAUGUGUAUGGAACAUUGAGACCACCUGUCAUAACAGUAGACUCUUUGAAUCUAGAAAAGUAUGCAGGAAGAUGGUAUGAGAUGUAUAAUAGCCCUGUGCAGCGUUUAACAUUUGAAAAAGGUUUGGUAUGCACAACAGCGGAUUACACUAUGCUAUCAAAUGAUUCUUUAAAAGUAUUUUAUUCUGGUCGGAUGCACACGCCUAAAGGUCCAAAUGUAAAUAUUACUGGAACAGCAACAGUUGUAAACAUGUCUAUUCCUGGUGCUCUCAAAGUUACUUAUCCUGAUGUCACAAAUAUCUCUUGUUCAAACACAACCUGUGCAAAUUAUUUAGUUGUGAAACUUGGUGGCGAAAAAUUUGGAGAUAAAAAAUUAUACGAGUACUCAAUCAUCACUUCCCCUCACAAAACAUUAGUAUGGAUACUGGCACGCGAUCCAAAAACUUUUAAUUCAGACUUAAAAACCGAAAUUACAGAGUUUUUAAAAAAUAACGGCUACAAUCAUUUUUGGAACAAACCUAAACCAGUUUAUCAUGGGGAAGAUUGUGUUUACGUUUGAAACUUUUAUGCUUAUGAACAAACAUUAUAAUACUUGCUCUUUAUGUUAAUUCUCUAUAUUAUUUCAUUGAAAAUAUAAAUCUUUUUAUUUAA